AUGGAAAAUCUUCAUAACUGUAGAACCCUUGUCCCCAUGUUUUCUCUGCUUGCUCUUCUCCUCCACUUCUCAUCCUUUCACUCUCUAUCUCUAGCUUAUGAGCUCCCAGAUAAGAAUUUCAUCAACUGUGGAUCAGAUGCUGCUAUAAACUUAACUGGCAGGACGUUCAUAGCAGAUGGUUCCUUCUCCUCACAGAAAAGCAAGGCUGUCAAAGCCAGCAACCAGCUUCCAGAUAAUAUAUCAACUCUCUACCAAACAGCAAGAAUUUUCAGCCAGCAAUCCUACUAUAAGUUCGAGGUCAGUGAAAACGGUACUUAUCUUGUACGCCUGCAUUUCUUGGCUUUCUCCUCCUCAGUUAAUCUCUCCACAGCUCUUUUUGAUGUUCUGGCUUUUCCUAAUGUCUCAAAUUCUGGGUUCAAACUGUUGAGCAAUUUCACUGCUAAGAAUAGUAGCAACUCUCCUUUGAUAAAGGAGUUCUUCCUUGGGAUUGAUCCUGGCAUAUUUAAAAUAUAUUUUAUUCCUCAAGCAUCAUCUUUUGCAUUUGUAAAUGGCAUUGAAGUCUUCCUUGCCCCUACAAGUUUCAGCCCUGAAACUGACAACAGUAGUCUUCCUUUAGUUCUGCAUACAAUUUACAGGGUGAAUGUUGGAGGCCAGGAAGUCACACCAUAUAUUGACAAAAUAUGGAGAAACUGGGAACAAGAUGAUAGUUAUCUGUCUGAUUCGAACUCUGCCAAGGAAAUCCACUACCCAAAUAAGCCUAGUUAUUACAAUGAAGAGCUUAAUGAUCCAGCCACUCAUUUCAUUGCUGCUAAUGAUUUUAUUGCCCCGGAUUCUGUUUACCAAACUGCCAAAGAGAUGAAUAUUACUCCUAGCAGGCCAUUCAAUUCCUUCAACAUAACCUGGUCUUUUAAUGCGAGAAGGAACGCUAGGCACCUUGUCCGGGUUCACUUCUGUGACAUUAUUGGUCAACCUGGUAAUAUAGUAUUUAAUUUGUACUCGAAUGGCAACUUCAGUAAGAAGGUUGGUGGAAAUCAGUCCUUUUUCUCAACAGAGUCAGCUACUCCUUUCUACUAUGAUUUUGUGGUGAGUUCUAAUGAAUCUCAACUCAUUAGCAUCAGCGUAGGUGCUCGGAUAAACUCUACAAACAAAACUGCCUUUCUGAAUGGUCUGGAAAUGUUGGAGAUAAUGGAGAGCUCAGUUUCAGUUUCUGAUGUGAAAGAGUCUCUGAAGAAAAAUGUGGGUCUUGUGGUUGGUUCGGUUGUUGGAAGCCUGUCUUUCAUCUGCAUUUUGGCUUUUGGAAUCUUGUUUGGUUUGAAACACAUAAGAAGGUUGACUGCGAUUCGUGGGGUGAAGAUAUCAUUUGCUGAAGUUCAGCGUGCAACAAACAACUUUGACGACGAAAAGCUGCUUGGUGAAGGUGGCUUUGGGAAUGUUUACAGAGGAACUCUCCUCGAUGGAAGAAAAGUAGCAGUCAAGCGAGCUAAGAAAGGUUCAGGCCAAGGCCUUGGAGAAUUCCAUACAGAGAUCAAGAUUUUGUCCAAGAUUCACCAUCGCCAUCUUGUUUCCUUAAUUGGGUACUGUGAUGAAAAGUCUGAGAUGAUAAUUGUCUAUGAGUUCAUGGAAAAUGGGACCUUGAGUGAUCAUUUAUACGCUUCGGACUUUCCUCGUAUGCCCUGGAAGCAGAGACUUGAAAUUUGCAUUGGUGCAGCAAGGGGUCUGGAUUACCUCCACACAGUUGCAGCUGGGGGCAUCAUCCACCGUGAUGUUAAGUCCAACAACAUAUUGCUUGAUGAAAACAAUGUUGCUAAAGUUGCUGACUUUGGCCUUUCAAAACAUGGUUCUGUUGAUGAAACUCAUGUUGUCACCAAAGUGAAAGGCACCCUUGGUUACCUUGAUCCGGACUAUGUGAUGUCCGAACAGUUGUCUGAAAAAUCUGAUGUGUACUCGUUCGGGGUAGUUCUUCUUGAGGUGUUAUGUGGAAGACCUCCUAUUGAUAGAGAUCUCCCAAGAGAUGAAAUAAAUUUAGCUGAGUGGGUGCUACAUUGCAAGACGAAAGGGUUGCUUGAACAGGUUGUAGACUCUUCACUUGAGGGUCAGAUUGAUGCUAACUCGCUGCGAGUAUUUAGUGACACGGCUGAGAAAUGUCUGCAAAAAGACGCUAAUGAUCGGCCUACAAUGGUUAAUGUGCUGUCUGACUUGGAGUAUGCAUUAAAGCUCCAUGUAGCACUAAAUCUUAGAGAACUUAGUUCUGAGGACAGCACAGCCAAUGCUUCAUCAGCAUUCAUAUAUGUUGAGCGUCUUCCUUCACUUAGUUCCACAGUUAACGCAGACGAUACAGCUGUCUCCGCUGACGGAUCGGUGGACACAACACCAAGCCAAGUUUUCUCCCAGUUGAAGUUUGGCGAUGCCAGAUAA